UUUUCAGAAAAGUGGAAGAAGAUCAAUACUGGCCCAGUCUGCUUUGGAGCUCGAAAUGACCUACAUGGGGCUUUCAACAUCACAGAGAGUGGGGUCAUUUAUACCUUUAAACUCGUUCAUCUUAAUGGGUCAAUUAGAUGUAACGCCAAAUACCCACCUUCUUAUUGGGGAUGUGUCAAUCCCUAUUAUGGAGACACGAGACUCCUUACUGUCUUAACGUUCAAGAACAGAUCCGCUCUUUUCUUGGCAGUUUACAAGAACGAAACUUGUGGCUAUCCAUAUAGAAUCGAAGGUGUAGGUGUUAAUGAGACCGAACUUCGAUUUAAUAAUCUUCCCUCUCCAAUAUCUGUGUCUGUUGGAGAUGAGUUUCAAAUUUGGUACGGACAAGACUUAAAGAACUGUUACGAAAGCGAUAACAGAGGUCAAACAUGUGCUGAUGUUUAUGCGUGGUACAAUAUGCACCAGGGAAACCUUUAA